AUGGAACCCAUUUUCAUUCAGAUUCCUGCUGGAAAUGAUGUGGUUGAGACACUCGUCAACUUGGCUCAAAGUCAUCAGGCUAAUAUCACUGUGUUAAGUGGUUCUGGUCUUGUCUCUAAUGUUACCCUUGUGCACCCCAUAUCUCGUGUCCCUACUUUCCCUAUCAAAGGAACAUUGCAUAUGGCAUUUCUCUCUGGAACUUAUGUGAAUUCCAACCUUGUUGGUAUUUCUCACCAAUUUAUUGCUGACCAAUCACAUUCGUCAUUUUCCAUUUAUUUUUAUGGAGAUCGAAGACAGGUGAUUGGUGGUGUUAUUGGUGGGAAGAUAGAGGCUGUCGGUGUUGUUUCCAUUAGAGCCACUCUUUUUAAAAAUCCGGAGUUUCAUAGGGUGGCAAUUAUUAACGGAGUUUUUCAAGAAGUCGAAGAGAAUGACACAAUGUAUGUUGGCGGUGUCAUUCCUAAUGUUGAUCAAGUUACAUAUGAAUCCACAAUUAACAACAAUAAUGGAACUCAUGUGCGAGACAUCAAUGUUAUUGGUUCUAGUUCAGCUCAACCAGAUUAUCAAAUGAUUCACCCUUCUCUUCCACCAAAUUUGAAUUUCAUGCAGUGGAAUCACAACCGCUCCACCCGUAAUGAUCAUUACUAG